GUGGUGGAACAGCUUGGCGACCGUAAAGUUCUUCCAAUUGAAGAUAUUAAAAUUCUUAAUAAAUAUAAAGAGACUCCAUUAUCUUGCGUAAGUUCAGGAAUGGUUGACGAGAAGGCGGUACUUGUUGCUUUAGUAUGUCUACCCAAAGGCACGCAAGUUAAUUUACCUGGUGAUAUUGGUAAUGUUAUUGAUCCUAAUAGUGACCAAACAUUUAUGUUAGGACCAGUGUUUAAAACAGAACAAGAUGAAAACAAAAGAUAUAUACUUACAGUAGAACAUGGAGUUAGAAAUAGUAACCUCGUAAUUCAACCAGAGAGUUCUGACCAAGUAUGCACCCAUUAA